GGUGCAAUAGUUUGCGAGACUUGUAAUCCAUAUAUAAGUCUAUAUAAUUAUAUAAUUAUAUAAAUAUUCGAUAUAUAAUAGAAUGGCGCAUUAACCACGAUUUUUAAUCAUCGUUUAAAAGAAAAGGCAUUUCGGCUAUUCGAUUUCAACAAGGAAAAAGGGGGCUAGUUGUUUUGGUUGCCAUGGCUGUAAUGAAUUCAGAACCAUUUUUUCAAGUCGUGUUUUUCACCGGAAGCCGAAAGCAGACGAACCAAUUCUUUCUCCGGAAUCAAAACACCGUCACGUUCAUGAUGUCGGACGAAGAAGAUGAUUACAUGUCAGAUGCGAUUCUAAAUGCAAUUCAAGAUGUGAAGCCUGGUGUCAACAUGGUGCACCGUGUGAAGGCUGCAAUAAAGCGGGAGGAGAAGCAUAAAGAACUGAACAUCAAAAACCGCCAGAAGAGCUACAAGGAGCAAGAAAGAGAAAGCAGAGAAGCCGCUCUACAAAGCUCCAUUAGCAACCAGAACAAGGGAUUUGCACUUCUACAGAAAAUGGGUUACAAGGAAGGACAGGGACUUGGGAAGCAGGGUGCGGGAAGAGUUGAGCCAAUUCCGUUGAACAUUAAAAAUGACAGAGGAGGAAUCGGAAUGGAGGAGGCAAAGAAGAGGAAAGCUGAGGAGGCACUAGAAGACUAUCGACAGAAAGUACGAGCCAAGCAACAGAAUGAGACUAAGUCGUUGCAAGAUUUCAGAUCAAGAGUAAGGACUGAGCGAGAGGAGAAAAAAAUUGAGGGCGAUCUAAGGAGGAGUCAACGAUCCUGUGAGCAGCUUGAUAGCCAGAAGGGUAUCACAGCUCCAAGGGAGGAAUGGUACUGGCCCAAAACAAAUUUAGACGAUGCUGAAGAAGAAGAAGAGGAUGAUAAAAAAGAGGAGGAGGAGGCCUCAGAAUUAACAUCAUUUGACAAACUGCAAAUCUUGACGUCCUACUUGAGAGGAGUGCAUUUUUACUGCAUCUGGUGUGGCACCACCUAUAAUGAUGAAGAUGACCUGUCGUCAAACUGUCCUGGAGACACAGCAGCUGACCACGAAUGAUCACAACUGUUCUAUGAUCGGGCUGUUUUAGUAUAUACUUUUUUUUAUUAGCUUAGCAAAAGUUCUCUGGUCUCUGAUGUCAACAAACAAUUCUUUGUUAUAAUAAAAUGCUUUGAGUUAUGGGCUCUUCAUUUGUUCUUUUAGUGAAAUAGAUAUUAAUCCAUUUUGUCAUGUUUCUUCUCCAUUGUGGGAAGGAACAUUUUAAUUAAAUAUUGUGUGAUGGCUUCACACAUUUUGUGACACUGUUAGACGAUGGCGGCUGUGGUGACCGUUGUAAUGGUGUACAAUGGUAUCUAAAAAAUGACAUUGAGGAGAAGAAAAUGCACGACAGAACAAAAGUGCACAUCAAAUCCUUUCAGUUGAGUUAGUGAAGUUGCUGUAUAGUUAUAUAUGUACAGUACAUUGACAACAUGUAUAGAAGGUUUGGGUAAUCUUAACAUAUAUGAAGUAAACAGACUCUCCUCUGGUUUAAUAGUGGAGUCAAAUUACACCUUUGACAGUGCUGGACAUUUAAGAAUUUAAAGCAACGUCGCUGUUCCAGUCUGUGGAAUCAGAUUUGUGUCGACAGAAGUGAAACAAAACAACUGCUUCAUUUCUGCAAACAGUCAGAUUUUGAAUAAAGUUAUCGGAAAAGUUUGCGUUUUUCGUA